GACCCAGUCUGGGCGCCUUAAGAAAGGAGGCCUUGUCCUUUACCAGCUCAGUGGAGGAUUUCUGUCAGAUUUGACAAGAUCGAAGCUGCAGGAGAAUGGACAGUGAAGUACAGAGAGAUGGAAGGAUCUUGGAUUUGAUAGAUGAUGCUUGGCGAGAAGAUAAGCUUCCUUACGAGGAUGUUGCAAUACCACUGAAUGAGCUUCCUGAACCUGAACAGGACAACGGCGGCACCACAGAGUCUGUUAAAGAACAGGAGAUGAAGUGGACCGACCUGGCCCUGCAGUACCUGCACGAGAACGUCCCCCCCGUGGGAAACUGACGCCUGGCUCCCUUCUUGUGGAUGAAUUUUUUUUUAAAUACGUAGAUACUGAAGGUUUUCUUUUAGUCUCCUAAUUCAAAUCUUUUAGUGAUAGGUCAGCACUCAAAAAUGUACACCCACUUAGUUUGUGGCAGCAAAGUGCAAUGUGCAAAUACUCACCAGAAUGAGAAACUGGUUGAGAUUUCUCAGGAAUGCAGAAUAUUUGGCUCUUUGAACCUAAAGUUCUUUAUUCCCAAGCUUGUGUUUGAACAUAUUUGGUUAAACGUUUGCCUUUAACUCUAACUUUGCUUUACUUACCAGAGUUUAACACUCCCCAACUGCUUAAAUGUGUCCUGUGACAGGCGAUGGAAGGUAUGACAGGGAGGGCUUAGAAAGAGGAAGCCAACACAAGGAGAAUCGCCGGCUUCUCCUGCACCCCCUAGGAGAAGCAGUCUGAGUGGGUGUGUGGGAAGCCUGGAAACGUAAUAGGUAUUUGGAAGCACAUUCACUGACAACUGGGGUUCCUGAGACUCCCCGUGAUGUUUUCAAACUUUGGAUACAUCAAUAAAUUAAAGAGUAUCUGACA